AUGCGGGUAAUCGCAUCAGGUGAUGACAUCAGCUCACGGAUUAGGCUAGUCAAGUGUAUCAAAGGGUACGACUUUCCUCCAUCUUUCUGGCAACAUACGGAUUGCGCGUUGAAAAAAUUCCUCGUCCUUUUGAGGGAAUCCAAGAAUCGAUCCAUUUUUGGUUUCUUCGUAAGAGGUGAAGUGCUGUUCGACCAGGGCAUGACUCAUCGACCGGAGCGAGUGAUAGUCGAAAGGUAUCUGAUGAAUACAGCAGGUGGCACAGGACAUCUUAUUGAAGCGCCUCUAAAAUUUCCUUAA